UCUCUUGCGCGUGUCGAAACAAAAACAAGCGGAGAGCGCGCGGUCACAUGUAGUGCGUCCGGCGGCAGCAGAACAAGAAGGAGAAGAAGAAGGAAGCGCCAGUCGGUGUCAGCACUGUCGGUGUCCAGGAAGCAGCGGCUCCCCUCCAGCUCCUCCGGCUCCAGCCGCCGCACGGUGCGCUCCACAUAUGGUUCUCCUCCGGCACAUCUCCAUCGCCCUGACCGCCGCCGUGGCUGCCCUGGGCUCCGCUCUCUUCAUCGCCUUGAACUUCUUCUACAAGAGGCGAAUAUGGUCACCACAGGCGGAGUACUGCACGAUCAAAGAGGAGGAGGAGGAACGUGGGAAGCGUCAAGUCCUUGUCCUCGGUCUGGACGGGGCCGGGAAGAGCAGCAUGUUGCAGGGUUUGACCCCAGGGGAGGCAGUGGCUAAGAGAGGCCGCUGCCGGCCCACCCGCGGCUUCAACUUCAUGAGCCUCAACGCCCCCGCCUGCCAGCUCGACUUCCUGGAGAUUGGUGGCGGGGAGGACCUGCGGCGGUACUGGUCGGACUACCUGAGAAAGACUCACGUUCUGGUGUAUGUGGUGGACUCCUCUGACAGAAGCCGCCUCCCAUUGGCCAAGGCUGAACUGCACCGCCUGCUGAAGGUGCAGCCCCAACUGCCCGUGGUCGUCCUGGGAAACAAGCAGGAUAAGCCCAAUGCUGUGAGCGUGUCGGAGCUGCAUGAAGCCUUGUCUCUGGGCUCCGUGACUGAGGACAGGAAGCUGUUCCUCUUGGCUGCCCAGCUGGGUUCUGAUGGAGCCCUGAGGAACUCCUGCCGGGGCCUGGACACCUUCCAGGACCUCCUUCUCCAGCUCGUCUGAUCUCAUCCCCCCUCAGAGAGCAGAGGAGGGAUGCAAACAAAGGCAUGGCUUAAAGCGAUCUUCCUCCUCCUCUUCCUCCGCCUUGUUUAAGCUCUGGCUUAUUUGAGGCAGAGGAGGAGGAGAUGGCGAACGCUUCGGGAACUGAUGCAGAGAAAUUACUGAAGAAGAGAUUGAGAAGAUGCCAAGACGGAGCGAAAAGCCUUGCGGUACCUCCUCGUCUUCCAUCUCACCCCUUUUCAAAUCGUGUCAGUUGGUGUUAGAAAUACUUAAGCUCAUCUCAUCAGACAAUUUCAUUCCACUCGUCUUACUCACCGGAGAGGAGGAGGUGCAGAGUGAGGAGGACGAGGACAGAAGGUGGGACAGAAGGAUGAAGGUUUGUUCAUGGAGUCUGUGACUCAGAACCACAAAGAUCACCUCCUGCCAAUGAUUCAGACUUUGGACUCGUCUGAAUGUCAACCUGUUACAGGUUUAUUUAAGCACGUAGAUUUCACUGUAUAGAAACUGAAAUGUGUCGAGUUUGUAGAUGCGUUUACAGAUUUCGUUUUCUGAAAACCUUUAGUGCGUGACCAGAGAAGUCGGCAGAGCAGAGCAGGUAAUAUUCAUGGUUGCCAAGUUUGGAGUCUUUGGGGAAUAAUACUGCACCAGCUCGGUGAAUUCAUCGACGGGGUGUUUGGAAGAUACUCGCCGACUCCUACACUUACUGCUCUUCUCAUUCCUCUACCUUGUGCCUCCUCGUCUCCUUUCUCUUCCGUCCUCCUGCCUGUGACCUGGAAAUCAAUCUCGGCAACAUCUCGAAGGAUAUCUUAAUUUCUAAAAUGCAUCUCACUGAGUAGGAAGUAUGAGCGAGGAUGCACAGGUGUAUAUUCACCAAAAGUCUUUUAAGCACACAUGACAUAUUAAAGAGGCGUGACACACAGCUGAUAAUGCAGCUGUGCCACGCUUCAUAUUUAAUUAAUGUCGCUUUAAAAUGACAUCACUAAAGUACGGAUCUCUUAUUUUGGUAAAUACCUCGACUCCUCUCUCCUCGUGUCUCCUCUGCUCCUAUCUAAGGCGGGAGUGACUAAGACACAAGGAUUGGAGGACAGGAAAGGAUUGAGGAUGUACACACGGAGAAAUGAGAAGAGGGAUUAGGCUUCUCAGAGAUCUAGGGGAAUUUUGUGAGGGAAUUUAAAGGAACCCUGGGAAAUUUCAAAUGCAGUGUUGUUUUUCUUGUCCAAAUUCUCGUGACGUUGAGAAAGUUUCUUUCCAUUUUGUGACUUUCUUCACAAGAGAGUGUUUUAACUUCAUUUGCAAGCAGUUCCUCUUCAGUUCGGUUUUAAGUCCCGACAGAAAUUACAGCCAACUACCACAUAUCCCACAUAUUAGCUAAGUACACUAAAUAUGCUAAACAUCGAAUUUCUUUAUCAGAUGACACUAUAAACAGAACGAUGUACAGACAGAAUCAGGAGUUAUACAAACUCAAUGCUCAUAAGGGAGAAACCUUUCAACAAUUGACCUAUGGCUAAGCCACGCCCCCCUCCACCUACUACUUCAGUGACCAGCGCUAUGGCAGGUGUCACAGUACACAACAUUUCGCAGGAGGCCGGAUGAUUUUUGGAGAUGUGACGAUCAAAUUUUGGUUAAGGUUUUUGGCUCAGAAUAUGAGAAAAGGAUAACGGACUUUUUACCAUCUUUACCAAGAGUGU